ACGGAAGAUGCGGUAUAAUGUGGUAAGAUUUCUUUUUGGGCGUCUGCUACUUGACCUACCGACGCUGAUUGUGGUCUUCUACGAUAUAAAUAUUUUGAUGCACUUGGAUUGUAUUCCUUUUCAAGUUGUGCGUAUCAUCAUCAAAUACAUAUACCCUUGCAAUCUGUACAAGCUAUUGCCACCUCAUAGCCUGCACAGGUGGUCAGGAAUAUCCCCGCAUCAGCAGAGCCUCACGGGAAUCCUCCCAAAUCUGCGCCUGACGAUGUCAUAUCAUAGCAUCCGAAAUUAGGGAGGCCUUUCAAGCAUCUUAAAGAUUCUAUAUGUCGACUUUUGAAGCUUUUGGAAUUGUUCUUCGGGCGAUUCCCAUCCUUAUCUCGGGCGCAGAGCUAUGGCGUGAGGGAUAUGAUAAAGGCCGGCUGGCAUUCCGUAAGCGACAGUAUGUCGACAAGCUUGCGAAUGCCUUGCUGCUACAGCGACAGACAGUAUCAGAGACAGUUCAUCUUAUCAUCACGCGGAGCGGCUACAGUUACGAUGAGGCUUUGCUCAACGAGGAUCCGAUUGCAUACUUUCAGAAUAAGAAGAUUCAGGCUCAAGUGGAGGACUUCCUGGGUGAUGAGAACUACAAGGCCUUGACUGGGAGGCUGCGAGACAUGCAGGUUACUUUGGAAGAAGUGGCCAAACAUUUGGACGGUCUCAUUCCUUCUCACAAGGAUAACCCAUACGAUCUUGUUGGCAUCAUAGAAGCAAAUCAAACAGCGAAAAAACACAGAGCAGAUUUUAUCCCUCGACUUAGAGUCGCUCUCAGGAGUAGCGAAAUAAAACAGAGCAUUAGCGAGCUUGACACGGCCACCAGCACACUACACACAUUCUCACAAACGAUGUUGAUGAAUCGCCAUGGACCUGUUAGUUCGCUGCCAUCAUCCAAUAGCACCAAGCUAGCCAAAGCGUUCCGUCGGAUUCAGAAAUCCUCCAAAAACCUGUACACGGCUCUCUGUAGUUGUUGUAUAGGAUCUUGUCACAACGAACACGACGUACACGUCUUGCUUGAAGACCGAAUUGACGUAGCAUCAAAACUUCUCCGUUCUACAAAGCAAUGGAGCGAGGAAGAUAAAGCAACACUGGCAUUUCAGCUAAUCUUUGCUGCAAAGCUACUCGUUCCGAUUCAGACGAGAUGCCAUGAACUGUCAGUUAGAUGCAUGCAGGAAGACGAAAGUGGUGACUGCCUCUCGGCACUAGAGUCAAGGCUUUCACAGGUCAAGAUACGUGAACCCGAGCCUCCCAAGUCAAGUAAUUCGACUUCGUCGCAGCCAAACUUUACUCCAGUAGACAAUUUUUGCGCAGCUGUUGUCUCGGCUCAUAAGAACACGCAACAUGUCGCCUUUAUAUUACAUACAAGUAAUAGGAUGGGCGUUGUGACAGCAAAAGAGAAGACUGUAAUGCAGAAAAACAGCUGUCAAACGAUUACUUUAAAAGAUGUACUUUCGGGGACAUCCAAGUGCUACGGGGCAAGGUUGCCUCUGCAGUCAAGCAUGUUGCUCGCCUCCAAACUUGCUUCAAGUCUGCUUCAAUUCUCUCAAACACAGUGGUUCGGUCAAGCAUGGUCAAAAGAUUCAAUAUUUUUCCUCUUACACCCAGUUUCCGACGGUGUAGCGCCCCUCGCCGACUUCAAUCGACCUUUUGUGUGUGCAACGAUCGAAGGCACAGAAGCCAACGAGGUGAAACCCGCUGAGCCCAAGUCUAUCCUCCUGGAACUUGGAAUAUUACUGCUCGAAAUAUGGCACCAUACCGUAUUGGAAGACCGUUUUGCCCAAAGGAUAGAGCAGGCGUCAGGAGAUUAUUUCUCCCGAUUGUCUUUCGCGGCUGAGUGGUUGGAUGAUGAUUACAACACGCUGCUACCAUUGUACGAGAAUGCUGUAAGAUACUGCAUUUACGGGGCGGCUACAAAGCGCUGGACCGAUUGGAACACAAAUGAGCUAUGGGGCGAAAUAUGUAAAGAAGUCAUUAAACCUCUCUCAGAGAACUGUGGGCAAUGGAGGAAGAGUACAGUGGCAUAUUAAUAAUAGCCCUUAUUCUACAACACUACUGCCAAGGUUGUACAAUCCGAGAGAUGGAAUUCAAGAAAAAUGAAGAUAAUGAGCCGCUGUAGAAUUAAAGUAACAGAGCAGAAGACGUAUCCAAUGGAAGUUACAAGAGGCGGGCUCAAUGAAGGGCUAUGGCCAUCACUUAAAUCUAGUGACCAGAAUAGCUUCAGUAUCAAUAACGAUG